UACAUAUUUAGAUAUGGUUUGCGUGUAAUGUGUGUGCAUGGCUGUGUUAGCCUAUUAGUUGACAGAUUAGUUAGACUUUGAUUCACCUUACUUAACGGCACCAUCGAAGUCAUUGCUUCCCCUCUCUGCACAAUGUAUGUCUUUGUAUACGGGACGUUGAAAAAGAAUUGUCCGAAUAGUUAUGUGCUGGAAAAGAGCGAAAAUGGUAAGGCUGAAUUUGUGUGUGAGGCCAGAACAGAAGAGCUGUUUCCAUUGAUUGUGGCGUCCAAAUACGAAGUACCAUUCCUGCUGGACCAAACAGGAAUCGGAAAUCAUGUACUCGGCGAAGUGUAUGAUGUUGACGAAAAAAUGCUCGAUACAUUGGAUAAAUUCGAGGGAGCUCCCUUGCUGUAUAAGAGACGUUUGGAAGUGGUAAAGCCGGUGAAUGGUCAAAGAGAUGCUUCGUUAUCGGCGUGGAUAUUCACGUUUCAUAGUUUCCACGAAAAGCUACUGAAAGAGACGUUCUAUGACACCUAUGUAUGUAAGAAUUACGAUUUGCUGCGCUCACUAUCUGGGAAAAUGUCACCCGAAGACAGAGCACAAUUUUUUAAGGAUUUGCGAAGCGAAAUGUGAAGACUGGAUCGUGGAUUGUGUGCAUGAUGUAGCUGAAUAAAUCAAUCAAUCGGUCUACAAUUCUUC